AUGAGGAAAAGAAGCACGAGAAGCGACUCGAGGCCGCCGGCGAAUGGAAAUCGACGGAAAGCGGAUAAAAAGAAGGUGAAAUUUGAGAAAAAGCUGUUGAAGUACGAGGAAUUGCCAGAGUAUUUAAAGGAUAAUGAGUUCAUUACGGACUAUUAUCGAUGUGAAUGGCCUUUGAAGCAUGUUGUUCUUAGCCUUUUCUCUUUGCACAACGAAACUCUCAAUGUUUGGACACAUUUGUUAGGUUUUAUUAUAUUUGUUGGAUUGACGGUAAUGAGCUUGACAGAGAAGAUGACUCUGGAGAAUGUGAUGGCAAGUUUCCUUGGAGAAGGAAGUAAUGCCUGGUUGGACAUGAAAACGAAUCAAUCCAACGGUUCAGAUUCUUUAUUUUCCAAAUCUUACGUAGGACAUAUUCCCAAGGCAUCAGUCUCACUUGCAACUGCGGACUCCAAUUCAUUUCCUACAUGGCCUUGGUUUGUUUUCUUGGGAGGAGCAAUGAGUUGUUUGAUCUUUAGCUCAAUCUCCCAUCUUUUCGCCUGCCAUUCACAACGUUUCUACUUGUUCUUCUGGCGCCUUGAUUAUGCUGGCAUAUCUCUCAUGAUCGUCUGCUCAUUUUUCGCGCCAAUUUACUAUACGUUCUCAAAUCACCAGCAUUGGCGCCUAAUGUACCUGAGCUCAAUCACAUUAGUAGGAAUUCUUGCUGUUAUCACCCUCCUUGCACCGACUCUCUCCAGUGGUCGUUUUCGGGGUUUCAGGGCAGCCCUCUUCCUCUCCAUGGGGUUUUCUGGUGUGAUUCCGGCUGCUCAUUCACUAAUCCUUCACUGGGAUCAUCCACAAAUACUUGUCGCACUCGGCUAUGAGAUAGCUAUGGGACUUCUGUAUGCGGUUGGGGCCGUGUUUUAUGUAACUAGAAUCCCAGAAAGAUGGAAACCUGGGACAUUCGAUAUCGUAGGACAUAGCCAUCAAAUUUUUCACGUUUUGGUUGUUGCAGCAGCACUUGCACAUUGUGCUGCCACCCUGGCUAUCAUGGAAUGGCGUCGAAACUUACCAGCCUAA